CAAAGCGCAAGAUGGCGGCGGAGAGUCUGUUCGGCCGGUUGGUGCCGGUGCAGGUGAAGUGCCAGGGCUGCGAGGACAGGAGGAUAAAUGUUCGAGUAAGGAUUGAGCUACAAUCAACAUCUAAUCCUGUUCAUAAAAAGGACUUAGUAGUGCAGUUGACUGAUGAUGCUGACCCCUUUUUCCUUUAUAACCUGGUUAUAUCUGAGGAAGACUUUCAAAGUUUAAAAUGCCAGCAGGGUCUUUUGGUAGAUUUCUCUGCUUUUCCGCAAAGAUUUAUAGAUCUACUUCAACAGUGCAUUCAGGAACAAAACAAAGAUACCCCAAGGUUUUUGCUGCAAUUAGUUUCUUCAGCAUCUGUUUUAGAUCACACACCUGCUUUUUUAAAUGUAGUGGAGACAAACCCAUUUAAACAUCUUACACAUCUCUCACUAAAAUUUCUGCCGGGAAAUGAUGCAGAAAUAAAGAAGUUUUUAGCAAUCUGUUUGAAAUGUAUUAAGGAAGAAAAGUCGUUAUUGGAACAAAAGCUUAAAAAAACUGAAGAUGACCUUACCAGACAGCUGAGCUACACGCAGCAGAGCCUGUCAGAAAAGAGCCGGGAAUUAGAUAAGUUGAGAAGUGAAUGGACGUCACAUACAACAAUGCUAACAAAUAAGCACACUCAGGAAUUGACAAAUGAGAAGGAAAAAGCUCUCCAGGUGCAGACUCAGUACCAACAACAACAUGAACAACAGAAAAAAGAAUUGGAAAACUUGCAUCAGAAAAGUAUCCAACAGCUACAGAAUCGAUUGUCAGAACUAGAGAUUGCCAACAAGGACCUAACAGAAAGGAGAUACAAAGGAGACUCCACAAUUAGAGAACUUAAAGCAAAACUCUCUGGGAUAGAAGAUGAGUGCCAGAGAGCAAAGCAAGAAGUGUUGUCGUUGCGUCGGGAGAAUACUACGCUGGAUGCUGAAUGCCAUGAAAAAGAGAAACACAUUAAUCAGCUACAAACACGAGUUGCAGUUUUGGAACAAGAGAUCAAAGAUAAGGACCAGCUAAUUAUUAGGACAAAAGAAGUAUUAGAUGCAACACAAGAACGAAAGGUGAUACUGGAAGAAAAUACAGAGAAGAAACAAGUUCAUGUAGGAAAACUUGAAGCAACAAUAAAAUCAUUAUCAGCUGAACUUCUUAAGGCUAACGAAAUUAUCAAGAAGUUACAAGGAGAUUUGAAAACUCUAAUGAGUAAAUUGAAAUUGAAAAAUACAGUAACAAUUCAGCAAGAAAAACUCUUGGCUGAAAAAGAAGAGAAACUACAGAAAGAGCAAAGGGAACUGCAGGAGACUGGACAAUCUCUUAGAGUAAAAGAGCAAGAGGUCUGCAAGUUGCAAGAACAGUUAGAAACUACAGUACAAAAACUGGAAGAAAGCAAGCAACUGCUAAAAACCAAUGAAAAUGUAAUCACAUGGUUAAAUAAGCAACUGAAUGAAAUUCAGAUGGCACGAAAGCAAGAGAUAUUGGGAACUUCUACCAUUCCACUUACACAUUCAAGCAAUGGCACUAUUAGAACUGGCACUUCACCUCACAAUAUGCUUGACAACAGACUCCGUUUUACUAGCUCAGGAAUCAGUUACCCCAUCUCUCCGGUAUGCGCUUUCCAAAACUUUCCAGAAACCGCACCUGUGAAAAGUGCCAACCAGCAGGUUUCAGGACCAAAGGUUCAGUUUAACAUGCAGCUUUCAAAAACUAAUAAAAGUUCAGACAUUCAGCCAGGAUUUCCUAUUGCAACUGGUCAUUCAACAAAUAUAGAAAAUGGUGAGAAUUUGGGAUUGGAAUUGAAGUAUUUAAAGAAAAGAGAAGACAGCAUUCCUUUACGAGGUCUCAGCCAAAAUACAUUUAACUCCUCAGAAUAUCCGAAAUCCUCCACAUCAACAAAAACACUAACUUCAUCAAAACCCGGAAUACAGUCUACAGCCUCUGCUUACUUCCCUGGAUUGCAAACAACAUAAUCAUUAGAUGAAAUCUUUUAUUUUACCAACUAUCGAAGAUUUUGGAUAGCUUUUAAUUAAGAUACUAAAUACAAUUAUUACCCCUUAAAAUGUCAGUCAAAAUGUUAUAGUAACUGUUUAAAAUGAGUUAACUUUACCAUACAUUUGUAUAAUCUUUGGCUUUUGUGAAGAAAGCAAAUUGAUUUACAUAAAUAUCAGUAUACAAUUCCAGCCAGAAAAGUAAAAUACGGAGGGGGAAAAAUAUUAACUACUUUAAUCACAUGAAAAUAUAAUGCUACAAAAUGAUUGUUUAGAAAUGACCAUUUAUAAAAUGAGGCAAAGCCUUUAAAAAGGUUUAUAAAUGGUUAUGGAGCAACAAGACCUACAGAGGAGUUUGUGUAGUAAACAACCUAUUUUAAUCUUUCCCCUUGCCAGAAAUCCACAAACUAAUGAUAUUGCUAAUAGUUCUAUCAUUAUGCUGAAACUCAGUCCUGCUUGGAGUUUCUCCUUGAAAAUACCUAGUAACUUUAGGAUCUUGCUCCUGGAAAAUGCACAGCAAGCUCUGAAGUCAGUGGUAGUUGUGUUGGGCAGUUUCCUGAUAUAGGAAACUUCUUUUCCCAAGUUAUUCCUACAUCUGUUUGGAGUUCAAAUCUAAUUUUUGGUUUCUAUACUGAAAGACAUGUUUGUAUAGCAUUUUGAACUUACUACCCUGGACUCCUUAGCCCCUAAAGCAACACUUGUGCCAGGAUACUAGUGUAAUAACCCAGGUCCGCUAAGACCAGGUAGUGCAUUAUAUUCUCCUUGUACAGGAUUUUGGCAGUGUGGAGCUGCAUUAUUCCACCAGUCACACUCCAUGUAUGGAUGAAAUAUACACACUGGCAUUCAUCUCUGGAGAACAUUUCUGUAACAUGCAGCGGGAUGUGGAGUAUCUUUCAUUGGCCUGUCCGUUGAGUUGACCUGCCACCUAUGGAACACUGUUUCCUGUCAAGGUAUGUCUAUACUGCAAUCUGAGGGUGUGGUUGAAGUCCAAGUAGACAUACCUGAACUAGCUUUAAUGUAGCUAGUUCAAAUAAGAGCAGUGAAACUGCUUCACUCUGGACUAGCUCCACAAGUAAUUACUCAGGAUUCUGGGCAGGCCUGUACAGCCCAAAUGGAAGCACCUGCUGCUGCAGCAUCUUCACUGCUCCAGUACCCAAACUGGCUAGAUUGGGGAUGUCUACUUGAGCUAUAAUCACAACCUGUAAUUGCAAGUAUAGGCAUAUCUUCAGAAGCUCAGUUACAAGAAUGUAAGGGUCAAAGGGGUGAGCACUUUGCUUCUGGCCUAGGACUCAUGUGAAUUUCUUAAAUUGGAAGCAUCUUACAUUUUGUAAAUGUAAGAGCUGAAGCAUUGUGGGAUCACUCAUGUUCCUAACAUAGAGACACUUCCUAGCUUUAAAAUUAUGCAGGACAUUUAUUUAAUAUAGGUUUCAGGUGGUUUCUUUCUU